CUUAAAUGUUAUUUCCACCCUCCUUUCCUUUGAUUUUCCUUCACUUCAAGUUCUCCAGGAAAUCCCCCACACAGUACAGAAGACAAAAAAAGGCUAGUUGAAGGAAAUCAAAGGAAAACAACCAGCGAUUCUCUCAAUAAUAGUUUGGAAGCUGCUUUCAUACUGUUUGAUCAAAUACCUAAGAGAACAUCUCAGCGUCAUCUCAGUAAAUAAAUAGGGUUUUGGACUUGGUCGUACCUAGCCUCAUAUCGAAUGAAGUUAGCAAUCAGGAUUAAGAAAAAGAAACAAAAGAGGGAAAACGAGAGUCCCAUCGUCGAAAACUCGGGGUGAGGUGAAAAUCAAGUUGCUUGAUAAGCUUGGGCUCUGUAUGUGAAGGAAGCUCCACCUAGAACGAUAGAAUUUGGACGCAUCCUCGAAUAUAAGGUCUCACACAUAGGGCCUGUCACAGUCAUGGAUUCAGCUCCAUCCAAGCAGUAUUCAGAUGAUGUUAGCCUUGUCAUGGUUUUACUGGAUACUAAUCCUUUCUUUUGGGGUGGAGAAAACACCACAACAAAAGUCUCUUUCUCAAAUUUUCUUAAUCAUGUAAUAUCUUUUCUUAAUUCUGUUCUCCUUCUUAAUCAACUUAACCAAGUUGUCAUAAUUGCUACUGGGUACAACUCAUGUGAUUACAUUUUUGAUUCUUCAACAUCUGAGUCAUUAAAUGUUAGUUCGGGUAAUGGAAAAAUGCCUGCACUUUGCUCCAAGAUGUUGCAAAAAUUGGAGGAAUUUGUAAUCAGGGAUGAACAAUUGAGCAAAGAAAACUCUCCAUCUGGAAUCGUGUCGUCUCUAUUAUCAGGAUCUUUGUCUCUGGCUCUCUGUUAUAUUCAAAAGGUGUUGCGGUCUGGAAGGCUUCAUCCAAAUCCUAGAAUUUUGUGCCUGCAGGGGUCUCCAGAUGGACCUGAACAAUAUGUUGGAGUAAUGAAUGCAAUCUUCUCGGCACAACGUUCUAUGGUACCUAUAGAUUCAUGCAUCGUAGGGGUUCAGCAUUCUGCCUUCCUACAACAGGCUUCUUAUAUAACUGGUGGUGUCUACUUGAAGCCCCCACAACUGGAUGGCCUUUUUCAAUAUCUUUCAACAGUAUUUGCAACAGAUUUGCAUUCCCGCAGCUUUCUGCAGCUUCCUAAACCUGUAGGGGUAGACUUUCGUGCUUCAUGCUUUUGCCACAAAAGUACCAUUGACAUGGGCUAUAUCUGCUCGGUUUGUUUAUCUAUAUUCUGCAAGCAGCACAAGAAAUGUUCAACCUGCGGAUCGGUAUUUGGGCAAGCCAACCCAGAAGUUAAGUUGCCUACAGAUAGAAAGAGAAAGGCUAUAGAUCUUAACACCGCCUACAAUUAGUAUAGAUUCUAGUUAUUUCUAUGAUGAGAUAUGUUGCAGUGGCAAUUUACAUCAUCCUGUAGUUGAAAAUUGUCCACAAAUAUAUUUUCUUGGCUCCAAAUGCGGCAUACAUGAUUCAAUCCACAAUUCUUUUAACUUUGUGGAUUCUCAAUUUUGUUACUAACUGAACUUAAGAAAGGCAUCACGUGGUGCAAUGUGCAGUGGAAUACUUGCUGGUUUGUCCAACA